AAUCCAAAUCAGCUAAUUUGUUUGAAAAAAAAACUAAAUACAAAAAAAUAAGCAUUUGUAAAUUAAGUAUAAAAAUUAAGACUAAUCAAUAAGCAGAACACAACUUACUCUUAAAAAAAACAAACCUACCCACUAAUCAUACAAUGAUUAAUAAAAGGACAAGCUUCACCUCUAAGAUGUUAAGCGGGAGGAAAAAUUCUUGUUAAUCAACAACUUCUUCAGCAGAAUCUCACAACUUUAGGAGCACAAAUGAUAUAGAUCAUAAAGUGCAUCUGAUAGAAAAAUCACCCAAUAAAUACAAGUUGAUAACUGAAAACAAACAAACACAAAAUAAGAGUCAGCUAAGAAGACUGAACAACUUGAAGCUACUAGGAUUUAUAAAGGUUAAGGAAUGCGGAGGUGCAGAUCUUAAAAAUGAAUAAGAAUAAUAGCUACAAUUUAAAAAAACAUUCAAAGUGAAUUAAAAAGGAUUAAUUUUUGAUAAUCAUUAAUACUUUCUUAACCUUAAUGCGGUGAUAAGCAACAAUCACUUGAUAAGAUAAUCUAGUCCAGUAGAAAGGUUAAAGGCUAAUCUUUACGAUGAAGAGAGAGUUCCUUAAAUUAGCUAAUAUAUUAAGACUAAUAGUACCAAUUUUUAAGAUACUCCUCUGAGUUAAACUAAUUAAUAUAAUCUUAUUUCCUGCUCAAAUGGUAGUAACAAUAACAAAAAGAAAGCAGCUUUUCGUCGUCGUAGCUGCUAUUGCAACUAAACUGGUAAGUAAAGCCAAAAAGCUUAAAAAAUAGACUUCUAAUUGCCUACAACCUUCAUUAAAAAUAGAAUUUACUAGCGUAUGAAAAGAAAGUAGGAAAUGAAAAUGAAUUUGAAUGAAAAAGAUUUGAUUAUUUAGAAUUUAAAUCGUACAUUCGACAUUCAAGAAAAGAAUUCUGCUCGCGGAAGUCUGCUAAAUAGUCCUAAUAUCAUGAAUAUGCAGCAAACAUUUAACUUUUUAGACACUCCUAUGUCAGGAAGAGUUAUGAAUACACCUAGCGCAAGCAAUAGGUAUAACAAUUAACACCACGUCCAUUCAAGCUAAGCUUAAAGAAGCUAAUUUUCUUACAUGACAUCACCAAAGAAUGGCUAACAACAUUCUAAUUAAGGAACUGCCACUCAUAGUAAGAAAGAUGAUAACACAUUAAAAAAUGCUCAAAGUCCUGUAAAUCGUAAUCCUAACAGCAAGCCUACAUUCGCAGAAACUAUUGAAUAUAUCAAAGAAGAACAGAGUCAACAGUAAAAUGUUACUCCUUAAUCUAAAUAAGAAAAAAAAUCACCUCAAAAAACAAACUCAUAAAUCUCUAGCAAAGAGUUGGAGUUAUCUUUAAAUAAAGUAGUUCAUCGUAAAAAUAUUUCUAGCAAUAAAAAUUCCCCUAAAAAUAAUCAUGUUUCUGCUUCUCCUAAUCGCUAAACUCCUGUAAGCAGCAGCAAGAAGAGUAGCAUGUUCAACUACUUUGGCGUAGGAGGAAAAACCUUAAAGGACGACUCACACUAAAAAUAAUAAUAUGAAAGCAUUUAUCCAGAACAAGUGGAGAAAAGAAAAAAAUGGAUCACAAAGCUUCGUAUUGCUACCAAAUUAGUUGGUUUUUAAGAAAAACAAAGAAAAAAAUCUAUGUUGUACUAGUAAGAUUAUUACAAGGCACUUGAAGAAGUUGCAAAUAACGAGGUUGAGCUUGAAAAUUUAGAAUAAAAUGAUGAAUUUAAUCACAAUAAUUAGGAGAAAAAAAACAUUUUAAUUAGAAAAGUCAAAUAAAGCAAUAUCAAUAAAAAUAAUUUUAUGCUAAAUUAAAUAGUAAAGCAACACAACUUAAAAUUCAAUUCCACAAUAGGCUCUUUUCUUGAUAUGCGCACUAAAAGUCAAAAUUGUCUUCUUCCUUCAACGAAUUCUUCCAUCUUUGCCUUCCCUUAGAAAUUGAGUAGAAGACAUUUAGUAAGCCCAUUCAAUUACGACAGCAAAUCGGAAUAUAUUAUCCAUAAAAAGGAUAGUAAAAUAGGUGCUUAUCUGUAGCCCUUCCCAGUAAUUCUUUCGCCAUCUCCAAGCAAAUAAGAUCAUAGUAAAAAAUCUCAGAGCAAAACAAACUAGCUUUUCUAAUCAUCUUUUGUUACAAAUACUGAUAAAAAAAAUAAAAAAUCGAAUGAGAUAAUCAAUAGAAGUAGUUCUCAUAAAAAAAUUAACUCAUCAACAAUGACAGAACUUGGUAAAGGAAAUUAAAAUAAAAAUCAUUUUAGUAAGAAUUAUUUGCUCAUGCCAAAAAGUGCGAAAUCUGGUUAAAUUUAAUUAAGUAAUUCAUCAAAUAGCAUAGAAGAAUUGAAUGCUACUGAAAAUAAUCUCUAGAAUGAAGCAAGUAAAUCUAGUCUAGGAUUAAAAUCUAAUAACGAUAAAGACAGCCACUAAAAUAGCCAGCAAAAUAUAGUAAGUCUUGAAUAGCUCGGAAGAUAUGAAACAUAUUUUGCAAAAAAGCCAGAUUAAAAAAAUUAAAAAGUUAACAAUUAAUCAAAAACUUAGCAAAAAUUCUAGCUGCUCAUAAACAAUUAGUCGAUACAAAACUCUUAUUUAAUAAAAAGCAAUUUAAAAAAUUCAAAUUCUAUAAAUCACUUAAGUAAAACCAUAAAUUUUGGUUAAAUUAAUCAAAAAACAGCUUCAUAGCCUGAUUUACUUCAAAGUACUUUCAAGCACGACACAUCAAAUGUAUCAUCUAACAAUUUGACCAUAAAAAGUCCAAAUAUUUAAAACAGAAGACCCAGCUAUCUUUAGCAAAAAUUUGAAAGUAAGACCCAUCGUAAAUCAAUCCUACAGAGCUAUUUGGUUUGAUACUUAAUAAACAAAAUAUAAUUUAACAAAUAUUGAAAGAAAUUCGAAUUGAAAAAGUUUUAUCAAAAUAAUUCAAUAACUAACUAACUAAAAAACAAUAAUAAAAUUGUAAAUAAAUAUUAAAAAAAUAUUUUAAAAAUAAAUCCUCACACAUACACAAAAACAAACUAUGAAGUAAUUUAUUUAUUAAUUUAAUUAAUACAUACAUAAUUUUAUGUAACGUAAAAAUUGUUUCUUCGCAUAAAAAUCAAUCAUUAAAUUGUAUCAAAAUUAUUGAAUAAUUAAUUAGAUUUC